GAGUUAUAAGUAGAUCUUUGUUAUCUCUCAACUGUUUUAAUUCCUCUCGGUGCCGCUUCGUUAGGUGGUUGCGGACUUUUGAUUUUGAAUUCAAGUAUUGGUGGCAGCAGUCCAUGAUUGUUGACUUGAAUCUCUGUAAUUCGUCUUCAGAAGUUGGGCUGAGAUCGUGCGUUUGGCUGAUUAGAUUUUCAAACUGGACCUGAGUAUGGAGUUUGUCGGAGUUGAAAUUUAUAUCGCAGAAUUUAGGGCCCAGAGAUAGGACUUCCAGUUGCACGUCGGUUAAAUGUACUGAGGAAUAAUUGAACACAAACUUCGUGGGUUCGUCAGGAAAUUUGCCUUGAGGUUUCAUCUGCUUAAGGCUGUUGUUGAGCUGGGUUACGACAGACUGCGACCGUUUAUUCGCAACCAAGUCGAUAUAUUCGGUGAAUCUUUGACGUUCAUCCGAAGUCAAUUCGUAUAAGGCAGAGGACCUCUGAUUGAUAUUCCGCUGCAGUUCGGGCAUACGUGAUCUGAUAGAAUCAGCACAAUUCAUUGCAUGGCGUUGAAGGGACUUCGUAUUUGGAUAUAUAUGAUUGCGUCGCAGUGCUUUCCAGAACCACUUUGGAUACUGAUGAUUGGAGACGCAAUCCUCGAAAAAGCCAACUUUCGCUUUCCCCACAGCAAGCUUGACAGAGUACCGCAGAAACCCAUUGAGUUCCUUGACUGUCGAGGGGUCCUUGCUACGUUUCAAUUCAUGGAUAAUCCCCAUCCAGGCAUUAAUGAAAACAAAACACGUAGAUCAGCGAAGAGUCUCUUUUCGGCGAAAUUUCGCCGGAAUUCGGAAUUAUGCCCCGAAUUCGAAGAAACUACGAUAGUUCGUAGGAAGAGCAGCGUUUUAUCGUUAGUUCGUGCAAAGCUUCGACGAGAUAGCAGAUCUGCUGUACAUACUACUAGGUGAGUCAGAAGAUUUGCAGAGGAUAUUCAAGUGCGUUAAACAAAUUUUAGAUCACCAGCAAAUGAC